AUGGAGGGGAGUCCGAUCCCGGUACUCACGGUGCAGACGGUCCCGUACGAGGACCAGAAGCCGACGGGCGGCGGAGGGCUGAGGAGACCCACCGCGAUCUUCGAGGGGCAGCGCAAUUACUUGCCCAACUUCAUCCAGAGCCUGCUCUCCUCCAUCGACCUGCGCGACCGUCAGGGCUGCACCAUGGUGGUGGGCAGCGACGGCAGGUACUUCAGCACGACGGCCAUCGAGGUGGUGGUGCAGAUGGCGGCAGCUAACGGGAUUGGAAGAUUGAUUAUUGGGCAAAAUGGCAUUUUAUCUACUCCUGCUGUGUCCUGCGUUAUCAGAAAGGUCAAAGCUGCUGGGGGGAUUAUUCUCACAGCUAGUCACUGUCCUGGAGGACCUGGAGGAGAAUUUGGAGUAAAGUUUAACAUUGCCAAUGGAGGUCCAGCUCCAGAUGUUGUUUCUGAUAAAAUUUAUCAGAUCAGCAAAACCCUUGAAGAAUAUGCCAUUUGCCCUGAUUUGAGAAUUGAUUUGUCUCGGCUGGGAAGACAAGAGUUUGAUCUGGAGAAUAAAUUUAAGCCUUUCCGGGUUGAGAUAAUAGACUCUGUGGAGGUUUACCUUAAUCUUCUGCGGACCAUCUUUGAUUUCAGUUCUAUUCGAGGCUUGCUAACCGGGCCCAACCAACUUAAGAUCAGAAUUGAUGCCAUGAAUGGAGUGAUGGGCCCCUAUGUCCGGAGAAUCCUGUGUGAUGAAUUGGGAGCUCCGGCUAAUUCUGCAGUUGAUUGUGUCCCUCUGGAAGAUUUUGGUGGCCAGUAUCCUGAUCCAAACCUAACAUACGCAACUUCCUUGUUGGAAGCAAUGAAAGGAGGAGAGUACGGAUUUGGAGCUGCGUUUGAUGCUGAUGGGGACCGUUACAUGAUUCUAGGUCAAAAUGGAUUUUUUGUUAACCCUUCAGAUUCCCUGGCCAUUAUUGCAGCAAAUCUCCAUUGCAUUCCAUAUUUUCAUCAGAUGGCUGUGCGAGGGUUUGGUAGGAGUAUGCCUACCAGCACUGCCUUGGACAGGGUUGCAAAAUCAAUGAAAGUACCGGUAUAUGAAACACCGACAGGAUGGAGGUUCUUCUCAAAUCUGAUGGAUUCUGGUCGAUGUUCCCUCUGUGGAGAAGAAAGUUUUGGCACUGGAUCUGACCACAUCCGAGAGAAAGAUGGACUUUGGGCUGUUUUAAUUUGGCUCUCAAUCAUGGCAGCUCGAAAGCAGGGUGUGGAGGAAAUUGUUAGAGAUCAUUGGACAAAAUUUGGCCGCCACUACUUUUGCAGAUUUGAUUAUGAAGCACUGGAUCCUAGAAUGGCAUACUACAUAAUGAGAGACCUGGAAGCCUUGAUCACCGACAAAUCUUUCACUAAUCAACAGUUUGCUGUUGGAAACAAUGUUUACACUGUGCAGAAAGGAACCAGCUUUGAAUACGUGGAUCCCGUAGAUGGCACUGUGACCAAAAGACAGGGGUUGAGGAUUAUGUUCACUGAUGCUUCCAGACUCAUCUUUAGAUUAAGUGCUUCGAGCCAUGUGCGAGCCACCCUCAGAAUCUAUGCGGAGAGCUAUGAAAAAGAUCCUAGCAAGCAUGAGAAGGAGCCACAGGCAGUUCUGAGUCCACUCAUCGCCAUUGCACUGAAAAUAUCUCAGAUUCAUGAGAGGACAGGUCGUAAGGGUCCUACGGUCAUCACCUGA